AUAGCUAAUCACAAGCAGGUAGUGGCGCAACACAGGCGCCAAACAUCAGAGAGAGCACUUGCCCGAGUGGUCAGUCCAUCACCAGAGGCCGUGACUGAGUCGACGCCUGCCCUCUCCGUUACCUCCUACCUCCCGACCUCCAUAAACCACUCCACGCUCCUCUCCCGUCACUAAAGGAAUCCAGGGGACCAGCUUAAUGGCCCGGAUUCGCCGGGAUAACUCCGCCCCGACGCUUGCUUGCAGCUUAUUCAAGGAGUCCCGCUAUCGCAAGGGCAGAACGGUGUUAAUCUUACACUCUGCUGCCCGCAGGUGCAACUCUGUCGAGGUGCAAGCGACAGAUACUAACGACCAACCUCAAGACUUGAGCGUGAAGCGGAGGCGACACGCUGAUGAGACGCACCUCUCCCCAACCCCUCCCACCUUCACACCCCCAGCGCCCCGCCCACCCACGCCGCCGCCCACCACCCACUCAGUGAAGCAACCACCAGCAAGCCCACCCCGCGUGCCUUCCCUUGCUGACUUCUACCUGAAGCUCUUCCAGUCGACGGCAGUGCAGCAGCAGCAGCAGAGUGAGUGGUGGCGAGGUAGUGUCAUGUGGCCUCUUAUGCACUCAGCCGCAAAUCCAACUAUCACCGCCACUCCCUCCAUAGCCGCCCACUCGACCCUGGCCGCCCAGUCAGCACUGGCGGCUCGCCUGGCCCUGCCUCAGCCCUCAGAGGAACGCCUGGCGUCGCCCCGGUCAACGGCUUCCGAAGACUCUGGCGUGGGCGCCGAGUCUCUCAGCGAAGACGAGAUCGAUGUGACUAGCGACGUCGAAGUCUACCAUGGCGGCUCCUUCGAAGUGACCCACGACUCCUUGCCAGGGCGUGGCGAAGCUCGGUACUCGUGCACAGAGUGCAGCAAGUCGUACUCUACGUACUCUGGUCUAAGCAAGCACAAGCAGUUCCACUGUGCCGCGCUGGGAGCCAAGUCGUUCUCGUGCAAGCACUGCGACAAGGUGUAUACCAGCCUGGGUGCUCUCAAGAUGCAUAUACGCACCCACACGCUACCCUGCAAGUGUCACCUAUGUGGCAAGGCCUUCUCGCGGCCCUGGCUGCUGCAGGGCCACAUCAGGACCCACACCGGAGAGAAACCCUUCCAGUGUCCGCAGUGUGACCGCUGCUUCGCUGACCGCAGCAACCUGCGGGCUCACCUCCAGACCCACGCUGACAUCAAGAAGUACGCCUGUGUCACCUGUCACAAGACCUUCUCCAGGAUGUCUCUGCUUAACAAACACACGGAGGCAGCCUGCCCAGCCAGACCUCACCAGCACCCACCAGCAGCAGCACCCCAGUGAGUGCUUCCCUUCUGGAAGCAACAGCAAGCAAUGGAGAUGAACCCAUAAGGAUAGAUCGAGACCUGAUCCAUCCGCACAAGUGCCACACGGAAGCUGCUCCCGACAGCCAGACCUCACCAGGUGGAGAAGAAAGAAGAGAAGCAGCUGGACCCCUCGAGGAGGAGCACCAUCAGAGUAAAUCUUCUACUGCAGGAAGAGAAUGAGGUCGGGUUAUCCGACCCCACUUGAUCAUCUAGUCACAAACAAACAAACAAACACACACACACACGCACACAUACACAUCAAUGUACAGUUUUCUGUAGUUACUCCUAUUAGGACGCCUCUA